CCUGUCUCUCUGUGUCCCUUAUUCUGGCCCUCAGUGUUCCUCUUCCCGCUUCCCCCUCCUGCUGCCUGGCUCCCCCUCCCUUCUCUCCUCUCUCUCCCUCCCUCCCUCUUUCCUUCUCUCUUUCUGUCUCCCUGGCUGCUGUGCCUCCCCAAAGCCCCAACCACCUGUGCAUCUGAGAAACCCAACUCCUUCCCUUGGAGCCUCGGGGAGUUGUGCCCUGGGGGGGGAGGCAGGGGCCGAGGCACACUGCCUGGAGGGGGCUGCCUGCCUCUCUCUCCUCCUCCUCCUCCUCCCUUCCCUGCACCCCCGUCCCCCCUCCUCUCCUCCGCACCCCCCUCAGUCUGACGCUGCCUUCUCGGGAAGGGUGUUUAGAGGGCAGCGGCCGCCCCAAGCCGGAGCCCCGCAGCGCUUCUUAUGAUCAGCUCGGUGUGUGUGUCCUCCUACCGCGGGCGUAAGUCGGGGAACAAGCCUCCGUCCAAAACAUGUCUGAAGGAAGAGAUGGCCAAGGGCGAGGCGUCGGAGAAGAUCAUUAUCAACGUGGGCGGCACGCGACAUGAGACCUACCGCAGCACCCUGCGGACCCUGCCUGGAACUCGCCUCGCCUGGCUGGCGGACCCCGACGGAGGGGGCCGGCAGGAGCAGGAUGGGGGCGGCGGCCGUGCGGGAAGCAGCAGUAGUUGUGGUGGCGGCGGCGGCGGCGGCGGCAGCAGCGAGUUUUUCUUUGACCGGCACCCGGGCGUCUUCGCUUAUGUCCUCAACUACUACCGCACCGGCAAAUUGCACUGCCCCGCCGACGUGUGCGGCCCGCUGUUCGAGGAGGAGCUCACCUUCUGGGGCAUCGAUGAGACCGACGUGGAGCCCUGCUGCUGGAUGACCUACCGCCAGCACCGAGAUGCUGAGGAGGCGCUGGACAUCUUCGAGAGCCCCGACGGCGGCCCUGCAGCCGGGGACGAGGCCGGGGACGACGAGCGGGAGCUGGCCCUGCAGAGGCUGGGCCCUCACGAGGGUGGUGGUGGAGCCGCUUCCGGGGCAGGCUCGUGCAAAGGAUGGCAGCCGCGGAUGUGGGCGCUCUUUGAAGAUCCCUAUUCGUCCCGGGCUGCCAGGGUUGUGGCUUUUGCUUCUCUGUUUUUUAUCCUUGUCUCCAUCACGACUUUCUGCCUGGAGACGCACGAGGCCUUCAACAUUGACCGCAACGUGACGGAGAUUCACCGAGUGGGGAACAUCACCAGCGUGCGCUUCCGGAGGGAGGUGGAGACAGAGCCCAUCCUGACCUACAUCGAGGGCGUCUGCGUCCUUUGGUUCACGCUAGAGUUCUUGGUGCGAAUCAUCUGCUGCCCAGACACGCUGGACUUUGUCAAGAAUCUGCUGAACAUUAUAGACUUUGUAGCCAUCCUCCCCUUCUACCUGGAGGUGGGGCUGAGCGGGCUUUCCUCGAAGGCAGCCCGAGACGUGCUGGGCUUCUUGCGCGUCGUCCGCUUCGUCCGAAUCCUACGCAUCUUCAAGCUCACACGGCACUUUGUGGGCCUCCGAGUCCUAGGCCACACUCUCCGUGCCAGCACCAACGAGUUCCUGUUGCUGAUCAUCUUCCUGGCCUUGGGCGUCCUCAUCUUCGCCACCAUGAUCUACUACGCCGAGCGGAUCGGGGCCAAGCCGUCUGACCCGAGAGGCAAUGAUCACACUGACUUCAAGAACAUCCCCAUUGGCUUCUGGUGGGCCGUGGUCACCAUGACGACACUGGGCUACGGAGACAUGUACCCCAGGACGUGGUCGGGGAUGUUGGUGGGGGCGCUCUGUGCGCUGGCCGGGGUGCUCACCAUCGCCAUGCCCGUCCCUGUCAUCGUCAACAACUUUGGCAUGUACUACUCCCUCGCCAUGGCCAAGCAGAAGCUGCCCAAAAAGAGGAAGAAACACGUGCCCCGACCCCCACAACUGGAGUCGCCAGCCUAUUGCAAGUCAGAGGAGACAUCGCCCCGAGAUAGCAUCUUCAGUGACUCCAGCCCCCCAGUGGGAGAAGAAGGAGUGGUGGAGAGGAAACGGGCAGAUUCCAAGCAAAAUGGAGAUGCAAAUGUGGUGCUGUCAGAUGAGGAGGGGGCCUGCCUUACCCAGCCUCUGGCCUCAGCCCCGGAGGAUCGAAGGGCCAUGCGCCGUUCCAGCACCAGGGACAAGAACAAGAAAGCAGCCACCUGUUUUCUGCUCAGCGCUGGAGACUAUGCUUGUGCCGAUGGUAGUGUCCGAAAAGAGACCUGCCAAGACAUCCUCUCGUCCAAUUAUGCCCAGGCUGAGGUCCUCACCUUCUCUUAAAGUUUGGCUCACGUGGAGGCCGGGAGCAUGGAGAGAGACAGUGCAAGAGGCUUAGGGAAAACCCUGGAAACCAGGCAAGGAUCUUUCACUCGGAAAGAAUUGGAAAUCCUUGUUUGUGCAGGACUGUUGGAAAAAAUACGCACACACACAUCCUAUGGCCCAGGAUGGGUCUGAUGGUUUAUUCUGUUGUAUAUUAAAAGAUCUAUAUGCAUAUAUAUACAUAUAUAUUCUAUAUUCUUACAUGCUGUACCCCUGUUUGUAGUGCAUGUGUUGCUUGGUGGUCUGUCUUUUGUGUCAGCCUUUGCUACCCCCUCCUCUCCCCCACCAACCCCAAGUCCUAGGGUCCCAUCUCCUUUCUUGCUCCCAGUUGUACAUUCAUUUUUCUGAAGUAUCCAGAACCUACCAGUAGAAUUCCAACCAUAAACUGGCUGUUUGGCUGGUGUGGUUCCUGUUUCCACAUGAGGCUUGACUUGGGUUCAGCCAAUCACUGUGUCCAUCUGUUCUCCCAUCCCAAUCUACAUGUAGGCAGAAACUGACAGAUUCAGACUGCCAGCCCCUCCCCACCCCAGGGAUCCCCUUCAAACAGGACCCAUUACUCCUACCCCUCUGGCCUGUGGUCUGUGGUGUCCUGGUCAGGAGAAUGGGAGCAGGGAUCCCCUGCCCAUGUCCCUCGCCUGACCCAUCUCCUCCACAGACAGGGGUCAUUUGUUAUCGUAUCUCUGUGUGUUGUCUCCCUCUCCGUUUGUUUUCAAAGAUGCUUCCAGGCGGACUCAUGGGGAGGGAGGGGUCUGUCUGUCUGAAUGGCUCAGGGGUCCGAGGACCCUGUGGAAGCCUCGGGAUGAAAUCAAAUGAGUCGCAAUACUCUCCUUCCUGACCUUGGGCCAGGGCACGCGUGCAAUAGCAGGGUCAGGGCUGCCCCUUCUGCCUUGGCCUCUGCCCUUCACCCUAGCACCCCUUCCCUCUCCCCCUACCCACUCUUCCCUGGUGUCUGUCAGUACUUUUCUAAAACUGUUACCUCUCUCUGUGUCCAAGGCAAUACUCCGGCCAGGAGCUGCUGGCCUGCCCGCAUGCCUCUGGCUGUUAUACUGUGGUCAAGCCCCAAUAAAGAGAUGUGGAGCUGU